AUGGUGUCGGGGCCCAAGCUGGGGGCCGUGGUGGUAGGGGGCUUCCACAAGGGCUCUGGUAAAACAACAGUAUGCCUCUCGAUCAUAUCCGCACUCAGGGCACGCGGACUCAUCGUCCAGCCGUUCACGCUCUCCACUGCCGUCUCGGACGCCCUGGCGAUGACGGAGGCCGCUGGACGCGACGCCGUCUUGCUGGACGGGUACGUCCUGGAGGACGCCCAGCUCGUCGCGACCUUCCUCCGGUGCUGCGACGGCGUGGACGUGGCCGUCAUCGACGGCACGCCCGACCUCUUCGAAGGCUUCGACCCCCACUCCGAGCGCGGGAGCACCGCGCACGUCGCCCGCACCCUCGGAACUCCCGUGGUGCUGGCUGCGGCCCGCUGGUCGCGCACGCAGGCCAUGGCCGCAAAGGGCUUCCUCGACAACGGACAGGUCCAGCUCUCUGGAAUCGUUCUCUCCAGCCCCGCGCUGGACGAAGAAGCCGAGGCUCGCCGCAUGCACGCCGCAUCGGGGACCGCACUGCCCCUCCUGGGGAUUCUACGGCCCGCGCACCCCACGAGCCCGGGACGGCCGGCGCCCCCCGCGCCGCUCGCGAGCACGCCGCAGCGCACCGCCUCCGCCGCGUCCUCGAACGCCACGGAGCCAGUGCCGGCUUACCGGCUCGUCUCUGCCACGCGCAACGCGCCGCUGCCAGUGCCGCCGGCCGCGCUCGCGUCCGGCGGACUCGAGGCCGACCUGCUCCUCGGCGUCGCGGCGACGAGCAGCGUGCCGGAGUACCCCGCGGACGCGCCGGUGCCGCUGCGCCCGCAGGCGCCGCAGAAGAGGGCGCGCGUGGCCGUCGCCGCUGGCGCCGCGUUCGGGGCGCCGUGCGGCGAGAACCUGCGGCUGCUCGAGGCCGCGGGGGCGGACCUGGUGCCGUUCUGGCCGGCGUCGGGCGACGGGCUGCCGCGGGGCGCGACCGCGGUGUAUUUCGGGGCGGGGGACCUGGAGUCGGUGGCCUCGCUGGCAGUUGUGUCGCGGCUGGGGCGCCGGUCGCUCGCCGGGGUCGCCGCGCUGGCGCGUGCGGGCGGCGUGGUGUACGCGGAGGGCACGGGGCUGCUCGCGCUGACGCGGGGCGUCGAGGAGGCUGAGAGCGGGGGGGUGUAUAGGAUGGCGGGGCUGUUUGGGUUCCGGGGGAGGGUGUCGCAGCGGCACAGGAGCGGGUACGCGGACGUGACGGUGCAGGAGGGCUGCGCGCUGCUGCCCGCGGGGAAGCGUGCGCGCGGCCUGGUGUCGCACCACGCCUCGCUGGUGUCCGAGAGCGUGGUCGGGGGGGAGGGGUCGGACGAGGACAGCGACGUGGGGGAUGCGGAGGAUGCGGGCGCGGAGGGCGUGCAGGCGAACGGCGGGGGUGCGAGGGGCGGGCAGGGGAGUGCGUUCAGUCGGGCGGACGUCACGUGGCGACAUGGGUUCGCGGCAGUGAUCGGCGCGGGCACCUCCAAGGCGCGGAACGUGGAGGAGGGGUUCAGCCGCGGGCGCGUGCUCGGCACGUUCGUGCAGCUGUCGUUCAGCAGUUGUCCGGCGCUGGCGGGCGUAAUCGUCGCCGAGGCUGCGAGCGUUGACGCCGCGGCGGUCACCGCGGCCGUCGCGCGCGCCGAGGCCGCUGUGCCCGUCACAGCAACGCCGUCGCCGUCGGUCGCCGGCGGCCCGCGCACGCUCAGCGGGGGCAGCCAGCUCUCCGCGAUGACCCCCGCGGGGUCCAUCGCCACCGCAUUCUCCGGCCCCACGAGCCCAGUCGGCCCCCACGCCCCAACGGCCCGGCCACGCCGCCCCCUGGACCUCCCAGAGUCGCUCGCCACCCCGGACCAGACCGACCCCGCGACGCUGCGCCACGGCAUGGCCGAGGUCCUUGCCGCGGAGGAGCGCCGGCGCUCGUCGACGAUGCCGCACGUGUCCGCGGGCGAGGAGGGUGCGCCAAGCCAGGCCGUUCCGUCCCUGCGCGGCAACGUGUCGAGCGAGCUGCCGCGGCACACCGAGACGCUCACGGACUCGCGCACGCGGAGCACGAGCCUCGGGCCGCGCGGCACCCGCGGGACGCGCGACUCGUUCCCGCCGCUGCAUGCGCCGGACUUUGCCGUCACGGCCGUGCCCCCGGCGACCCCCGUGCGCGACCCGUCGCCGGAGCUGGCGACGAGCCCCGUGCUCAGUCCCCGCGCUUCGCCGGUGCCGCCCGAGGGGCGGCCCGUGCGGCACUCUGGCGGGCACUGGCGAUUCGGGUCCAUGGACGCAACACACCCCCCCCAGUACGGCGCCAACCCGAACGCGGCGUGGGUCACGCAGGGGUCGCGGUUCGUUCCGUCCGCGGCGCAUCUGGCCAGCCAGCAGGGCGCGGCGGCCGCCGGGCGGAGGCAGGAGGGGCGCCGGAGCCACCAUGUGCGGGCACACAGCAACGCCGAGUGGGGCGGGCCGAGUGGGAUGCAGCGGUCGGGGCUGAGCUCCGCGAACCAGUCGUCGGCGCACCUCUCGCGGAGCAUGGCGCACCGCGCGUCCGGUGCGGACGCCGGGCGCGUCAACGCCAGCCCGAAGAUCAGCAACGCGGACAGCGCCACGGCCGACGCGGGGUCGCCGUUCACGUGGCAGCGCGCCGGGCUCUCGUUCAUCCGGAAAUCCUUCCCGGACCUGCGCGCCGCGGAGACGCAGGGGCAGCGCUCGGCGCGCCCCAGCGGCACGACGAACCCGCCGGCCACAGCGCCGAGUCAGGGCGACCCGCGCCCGCCGAGCCCCGGGCAGGCGCGCGAGCCGUCGCCGCCGCCGUACGCGCACGGGCGCCCCUCUGGCGGGAGCCACUGGCACCCGCCCUCGCACCCGCACGGCCCCAGCACCGUCCCGGCGUCCCCGCUCCCAUCGUGCCCGCGCGGCACGGGCCUGGCCAGCCUCUGCCCGACCGCGACGGACAUCGUGUUCGCGCUCGGCGCUGGGGACGCGCUCACGGGCGUCUCGGACCGCUGCGUGCAGCCGCGGGAGACGCACCACCCGCGCGCCAUCGUGUGCCGCUUCGGUUCCGGCCCGCACGCCACGCACGCCGCCGCGCACCAUCUCGGCGCCCCCAGCUCGACGACGUCGAGCAACUACGAGGCCGGCACGCACAUCUCCGCGGGAACGGCCCGCAGCGGCCCCGGCUCGCUCGCCGGCACCGACACCGUCGUGACGUCGCCCCCGCGGGCGGGCAGCCUGCGUCGCGCCGCGGAGGGGUCGGCGAUGACCGCGUCCGUCGCUGGGCAUGGCCCCGACGACGCGCCGGAGCUGGCCGACGCGUCGGUGGAGUCGGCCGCGGAGGUGGUGGAGUGGGCGGACGUGGCGUGGCUCGCGACGUCGCUCCCGGAGGUGCUGCUGCUGCCCGACCUCAGCCGGAGUCCCUGGCUGAAGUUCGCGCUGCAGGACGCCGGGCUGCUCGCGCCGUCCCCGGGCGCGGGCGCGGCGGGCAUUUCGCAGGCGGGCCGGUGGCCGAGCGGCGCUACGGACCUGACGGUGUCGUCGGCGGCCAGCGCCAGCAUCGCGGAGGGCGACGGCGCGCCGCAGCGGCCCAAGGUCGUCGAGGUCAAGAUCCACAGCCUGCCGAGCAUCCUCGAGGCCAUCCUGGACGUCGGAGACGCGGUCGGCGCCGCACAGGCAGCGUCGGCGCUCGUCGAGAGCCUCCAGAGGCGGCUGCGCAAGGCCGCCAUGGACGCGUUCAAGGCCACCGAGGGGUCCCUGGGGCGCCCGCACCGCGUGCUGCUCCUCGAGUCGGUCCAGCCGCUGGUGCCGGGGAGCCUGUGGCGCAGCGACGUCCUCGAGAUGGCGGGCGGCGCGGACGUCGCGGCCACGGCGGGCGCGACGCGCGCCGCCGCGACCUGGGACGAUGUUCGCCGCUGGGCCCCCGAGGUGCUCAUCGUGGCGCUCCCGGGCGGAGCGCCGCCGGAGGAGGCGCUGCAGGGCCUGUCGGAGCUCGCGGCGCUGCCCGGGUGGUGGAAGGUGCCGGCGGUGUUCCACGGGCGCGUGUUCGUGCUGUCGGGCAGGGCGGCGGACCUCGUGAACCUGCCGGGUCCGCGCCUGCUGGAGGGGGUGGAGCUGCUGACGCAGCUGGUCAACCGCGGGCAGAUGACGCGGCGCGGGCGGCGCGAGAAGAAGGGCGGCGCGGUGCACAAGCUGCUCCUGGCGAGCGGGGGCCGGUGCCGCCCCAAGAACCUGCCGAAUUACUUUAUGAAGAUAUAUUCGUGA